GGGCAGGGCUGGUCCGACCCCGCCGCAGGCUCGCCCAGGGCAGGCGGCAGCACGGACCCUUUUCCUUGAAACACCUCUCGGGCCUUGGCAACCGCCGCGGCUCGUAGCCGGGCCGGCUGAGACGGAGGAUGAAGCAGGCGCUGGUGGACGACACCGAGGAUGUGUCCCUCGACUUCGGGAACGAGGAGGAGCUGGCGCUGCGGAAAGCAAAGAUCAGGCACCCACUGGCCACCUUUUUCCACCUGUUUUUCCGAGUGAGUGCUAUUAUUACCUACUUGUUCUGUGACUGGUUCAGCAACAGCUUUGUUGCCUGUUUUGUCACUGUUCUCCUUCUUCUAUCCUUUGACUUUUGGUCAGUUAAGAAUGUGACAGGAAGACUCUUGGUUGGUUUGCGUUGGUGGAACCAGAUUGAUGAAGAUGGAAAGAGUCGCUGGGUGUUUGAAGCAAAAAGGGUGCCUACAAUAGCUGCCUCAACUGAAGCUGAAGCUCGAAUCUUUUGGCUUGGUCUCAUUAUCUGCCCAGUUAUUUGGACAGUGUUUUUCUUUAGCAGCUUGUUCUCCUUGAAGCUGAAAUGGCUGGCUCUUGUGAUAGCUGGGAUCUCACUUCAGACUGCCAAUUUAUAUGGCUACAUCCACUGCAAAUUAGGGGGAUCAAAGAGCAUCAGCAGAGCAUCUUCAAGGUUUUUUGUCAAAGAUGUUCCUAAGAGACAGACAAGAACUUCAGAAGAGCAAAUUGAAGAACAUGGGAAGAAAGGCACUAAUCAGCUAAGGAAGAACUGAAAGGAUGAGCAGUAAAAAUAAUUAAAGAUCUUGACAUGAAGAACAGCUUUCAUAAAAUGACAGCAUCAUCAGGACUACUAAGCAAGAACCCCACUGACAUGACACCCAAGUUUUCUUCAACAUACUACAAAAGAAGUAAAUCAACUCAGUCAAGCACACAGAA